UAAGUAUGUGUAUGACUUGUCUAUAGAAACAAAAUAAUUAGAAGCAUAAACUUAUAUAUUUAUGAUGACAAACUUAUGAGGUCCAAUUCAACAAUGAGUAUUGAGUGUUUGUCUACAAUUUUUGUGCAAUAUUUUGUAUUAUCAGGUUUGCACAUUCGUCCUUUGAUGCUAAGCAUAAGAUUGGAAUUUACAUUUUGACCAUGAUGAACAAAUCAAACAAAAUUAUAAACAUAUUUAAAUGAAAAAUGAAAAUGAAGCCAUCAACCUCCGAAUAUUCUACAAAACAAGAAAAAGUUUUUUUUAUGGCAAAAACUUGAAAACAAAGUUAAUUGGCUGCCUGACUAAUGGAACACAUUUGGUUAAUUCUUCUGCUUGAGACACACUUAUUUACACUUGCAUAAACCCAAAUCAACACACAAAACUGAGAUGAAACGAAAUAAUAGAACUAAUGUCGCCUGUGGAAUACAAUGGACCUACGGAUAAUUGAGACAUGAAAAACAUACACACACCUGCAUCAACAACUCUUCUCAGAACAUCACCUCAUUUAUACGUAUUGUGCAUAUGUAUUUGAUAACAUAACGAUUACGAUGAGAAGGAGACACUAUUGAAUAUUUAUUCAUCAUAGACAUGAGAAGACACUUUAAGAUGCUAAACGAACAAAUUUCUUCCUCACUCUCUCAAAACAUAUCUAAACUUAGAUUCCAACUUCUAUGAAAACAAAAAGUUCAAGGAAGCAAUGGUCAUUCUUUUGUAACCUUUGUAACCGACAUCUUUCACAUACUUAAUUUUAUAAUUUUACAUGAAUCCCGAAAUAUCUAAGUGCUGCCAUUAAACAUUUUUGUUCUUGUUUUCUCUUUUUUCUUAUUAUCGUUUGUUGGUGCUUUCAAUAUAAUUAUAUUUUCAGAUUACAACUAUUUAGAGCUUUAAAUGUAAUUAAUGAUCAGCAUACUGAUUACUUAUAGAUGGCAAUGUGUAUGUACUUUAGAUUGUUGUUUGGUUUCAAAAUAUCCAUGUUUGGACGGCAAAAAGUCAUUGUCCUGAUUAUUAACUCUAACAAUCUCUCAACUAAUUGAAAAUAUCCAAGAAAAUGUUUUUCUCAUUUCAAAUCUAUAGAUUGUUUUCACCGAAUCUUCUACCUAGCAUU